AUGAAUGUUCGCUCUGCUGAUACUCAUAACGUCGGCUACUUCAACCAGCAAUUUGUUCCUGGAAAGAGCACUCAGUCUACCACUAUUGAGAAUAGGUCAGAUGUUGGUCAAGGGAAUUAUUCUGAAUGGACUAGCUUCAGAGAUCUAUUCACGUCGCUCAUCCACAAGAAUAGAGAUUUAGACGACGUCCAAAAAUUGCACUACCUGAAAGGUUAUUUAGUCGGUGAAGCUGAACAGCUUCUGCGUCACGUACAGAUCACACAAGAUAAUUACAGCGCAUGUUGGGAGAAAUUGGAAAAGCGCUAUAAUAAUAAGAAAUGUUUAAUCGACCAAUGCUCUGAAGCCUCUUUUAUUACGGAGUCUGCAGCACAACUGCUGGGACUGAACAAGGUUUCUUACAAGAGCACAGUCACGGGACUAGGCGGUGAAGAGAGUUCACCUGUGAACUCUAAGUCGGUGGUAAAUGUUACAAUUUCAUCACUCCUAGAACCUGACUUAGAAGUGAACGUGCAUGCUCAUGUUUUGGGCAAGGUAACAUCGAAUCGUCCGAGAAAACGUAUUGUCAUUGAUUCGUGGUCAGAACUGUCUGAAUUAGAUUUAGCAGAUUCCACAUUCAACAUUCCCGGCAAAAUCGACUUGCUCCUAGGGGGAGAGGUGUACGGUCAAAUACUUUUAAACGAAAUGAUCAAAGCUCCACAGGGAGCACUCAUCGCUCAGCGAACGUCUUUAGGCUGGAUCGUUUCAGGGCCAACUCACUUAGGUGAGUCGGAAAUUCGUAAAAGUGUUAGCGUUAACCACAUUCAUUUAGAUGAAAAUGAGCUGCUCAAGAAAUUUUGGGAGCUCGAGGCUGACCACAAUACGACAGAUCCCAAGCAACAUUAUACUGAAGACGAGAAGAAAUGUGAAGAAUUUUUUGCAGCUACCACUGAACGUGAUAGCACCGGUAGAUACAUCGUGAAACUACCAUUUCGUGAUCAAGAUCCCACUUGCAAACAUGGCAACUUUGUGCCUAUUGCGACUAAGCGUCUCAACCAAUUAGAGAAGAGGUUCGCAAAAGAUGCUGAAAUGAAGAAACGCUACUCAGAUGUCAUCAAUGAAUAUCUUGAGCUAGAACACAUGGAAGAAGUUCCUCCAGAACAGGAGAACAACCCAGAUGCAGUUUACUUGCCACAUCAUGCUGUCAUCCGAGAUGACAGAUCCACGUCAAAGCUUCGGGUUGUGUAUGACGCGUCUUGUCCUGGCUCUAAUGGCGUUUCCUUAAAUCAAGACCUGUUGGUAGGUCCAACUCUGCAACCUGUUUUACGACAUACUAUUCUUCGUUGGCGUUGCCAUCCCAUAUGCCUGGUAGCAGACAUUGUAAAAAUGUACAGGCAGGUGAAAGUUCAUCAAGACGAUGUAGAUUUUCAACGCAUUCUAUGGCGUGAAAACUCGGGAGAGAAGAUAAAGCACUUGAGACUGCUCCGAGUCACCUUUGGUACGGCCUCAGCACCUCAUCUUGCAGUGCGUGCGCUUCAGCAAGUAGCCCACGAUGAAGGAGCAAAUUAUCCAAACGCUGCUGAUAGGGUCCUCAACCAUUUUUAUGUGGAUGAUUUGUUAACAGGCUGUGAAACUGUAGAAGAAGGUAAAGUAGUAUACAAAGAGAUGAAUGAACUUUUGAAAAAAGGUGGAUUCGAAUUACAGAAAUGGAGCAGUAACAAUGAAGAAUUAAUAAGUUACAUGAAAGAAACUGAUGUCAAAGAGGAAGGAAGUCUCCAGCUGAAGAUAGACGCUGUUAUGAAAAUUCUAGGACUCGUCUGGAAUCGCCGAAAUGACGAAUUUGAAUAUUCGGUACAACUUCCUCCACUCAAAGUUCCUAUAACAAAGAGAAGUGUCAUAUCUGACAUAUCAAAGCUGUUUGAUCCACUCGGUUGGUUGGCCCCAGUGAUCAUAGUAGCCAAGAUUUUCAUCCAGAAAUUGUGGCUUUCCGGAAUCGAUUGGGAUGAUGAAGUUCCGCCACAAUUACUGAAGAAUUGGUUAAACUACAGAGAAAGUCUAAAUCAACUUACCGAAUUCAAGCUGCCCAGAUGGAACCACGCAAGUUCCAAUGUGACUGCUGAACUUCACGGAUUCUGCGACGCUUCUAAUGAAGCGUUUGCUGCUGUUGUAUACUUACGGACUAUAGAUGAAGAAGAAAAUGUGCACGUGUCACUGAUCACGUCCAAAACGAAAGUGGCACCAAUUAAACAAAUCUCAAUUCCACGCCUGGAAUUGUGUGGGGCUGUGUUACUCACCAAAUUGCUGGUUGAAGUAGCCGACGUUAUGAGUAUCAGCAGAGCGAACAUUCAUGCUUGGACUGACUCCACAGUGGUCAUUUCUUGGCUAAAUAGUCGUCCAAAUCGAUGGAAAACUUUCGUCGCCAACCGUGUAUCUGAAAUAAUAACGUCAGUAGAGCCACACCAAUGGUCCCAUGUCUCGUCGAAAGAUAAUCCUGCAGACUGCGCGUCUAGAGGCACACAGCACCUGAAUAAAGAAGAGCUCUGGAUAGAAGGUCCGUCAUGGCUGAAAAAUAAAGAAAUCAGCUAUAAAAAACCAAACAUAAAGGAUACUAACUUAGAAGAAAGAAGCACUAAAGCAUGCUUCGUGAAUACUUACGAUGAUAAUGAUGUCACAGCAGAAGCUGAAGAAACACUUAUUUCAAGGUUUUCUAAAUUGUGGAAACUGCUACGCGUUCUAGCUUUCUGUAAACGGUUUUUGAAAUGUGCUAGAAAAGAAAAAGCAAAUCAUUUCAAAGAGGAGUUGAAGAACCUGAAAGAAAAUAAAACGAUUAAUAAGAAGAGUCAACUUACCUCACUAAACCCGAUUGUAGAUGGAGAUGGUAUCCUGAAAGUUGGUGGAAGAUUAGAGCACGCUGGAAUUAGUGAACAGAUGAAGCAUCCAGUGAUACUUCCACAUAAGUCGCACUUAACAACUUUAAUCUUAGACAAUGCACACGAAAAGACUCUGCAUGUAUGCUGA